UCUUCCUCCUCACCUCACCUCCUCCUCGAGACUCACACUCAACACUUGACUCAACAACAACACUCAUUCAGAGUCACAACUCAUAUUAAGACUUUCACAACAAACAUCUCCUGAAGAUGAAGGUCACAAAACAUCUUAUAUUUAUCGCCUCGCUAGUUGCGUCAUCCUGGGCGGUCAACCUAAAUUAUUUAACUCCAACGAACGGCUUCAACGGUGGCAACGGUAAUGGUAACGGUAAUGGAGGUUAUAAUAAUGGAAUUAAUGGAAAUGGCAACGGUGUGAUUCUAAACGGCAACGGAAAUGGGUUAGUCAAUGGAAAUGGUAACGGAUACGCCAAUGGUUUAAAUGGAAAUGGUGUGAUUGUAAACGGUAAUGGAAAUGGUAAUGGAUAUGUAAAUGGCGGAAAUGGUAACGGAGUAUAUACAAACGGCAAUGGAAACGGAGUAAUCAACGGAAAUGGUAACGGAUACGCCAAUGGUGGUUAUGGCAACGGUAAUGGACUUAUUGUCAACGGCAACGGUGUUGUUAACGGAAACGGAUAUGCCAAUGGAAAUGGUAAUGGUUUUGUCAACGGCAACGGUGGUGUUAACGGGAACGGAUAUACCAAUGGAAACGGUAAUGGAUUUGUCAACGGCAAUGGUGCUGUUAAUGGGAACGGAUAUGCCAAUGGAAAUGGUAAUGGUUUAGUCAACGGCAACGGCGCUGUUAACGGGAACGGAUACUACAACGGCAUCGUGGACCCCAUCAGCGCCCUUGCAGAUGCUAUUGGAGGUGGCGGCGUCCCCGGCGUGGACUAUCCCAUCCUGGCUUCUGUCCCCUUCACUGGAUUCUCCUGCGGCGGACUAAUACCCGGAUACUACGCUGAUACUGCCCCGAGGCCGGCUGUCAGGUGUUUCACAUCUGUCAGGCAGAUGGCAGGAGCGACUCCUUCCUGUGUCCCAACGGCACCAUCUUCAACCAACAGUUCUUCGUGUGUGACUGGUGGUACAACUUUGACUGUUCCACCGCCCCGCAGUUCUACAGUCUCAACGCUCAGAUCGGAGUGGUCAACGGUAAUGGCAACGGAUACUCCAACGGCAUCGUCAAUGGCAUUAUUAACGGUAACGGGAUUUACGGUAACGGAGCAAAUGGCAAUGGUGCAGUAAACGGAAAUGGUGUCGUCAACGGUAAUGGAAACGGAUACGCUAAUGGCAAUGGUUAUGCUAAUGGCAACGGUAAUGGCAAUGGAUACGUCAAUGGUGCAGUAAAUGGAAAUGGACUCAUCAAUGGCAAUGGCAACGGUUAUGCUAAUGGCAACGGUAAUGGUAACGGAUACGUCAAUGGUGCAGUAAAUGGAAAUGGUGUCGUCAAUGGUAAUGGAAACGGAUAUGCUAAUGGCAAUGGUUAUGCUAAUGGCAACGGUAAUGGCAAUGGAUACGUCAAUGGUGCAGUAAAUGGAAAUGGACUCAUCAAUGGCAAUGGCAACGGUUAUGCAAAUGGAAACGGCAAUGGCAAUGGAUAUGCCAACGGUGCAGUAAAUGGAAAUGGUCUCAUCAACGGCAAUGGCAACGGUUAUGCAAAUGGCAACGGUAAU